AUGCGACCAUCAACAACCCUACGGCGCUCUCGAUCAGUUUCAGGAUGUCUGAUCUGUCGCCGGCGUGAGGUCAAGUGCACUUCCCGGUCUUCUCCAUGCGAGAAAUGCAGCCGCCUCGGCCUCUCGUGUGUUGCCUCUUUCCAGCAAAACAUCCGAGUGUGGUCGGUAUCGGGGAACUUAAAACCAAAGAAUACAUCUAGAACAAGAGGAACAAAGCGGAAAAUCCAUACAACCUCUGUUCUCGGGCUGUUGGAAGAGGAGGCUCAAGCUGGUCAAGCAGCGUCUCCAGGACCGGUUGGGAAUUCCCCUCUAGAAAGCUCUAUCGAUGAAUCUACCGAGUGGCUGGGAAUUUCUCUCAAUCCCGACAAUUCAUAUCAUACCACCCAAAGGGAAGUUUCUGCUGUCCAGAGCACCUCUCCUACUUCUGACCACGAUCAAGAGAGCAAUCCUGAUCUACCCGUCGAUGUGCAUGAGCAGCCGACGUCCGAGUCCCUCAUUGACCCCUGGAUAGCAUGCGACGCGCUCCUGCCACUCCCCUCGCCCAGCUCAAACCCCCUCGAGAUCGACGAUAGCCUGUCAGGGCUUGUAAAUACACUACCAGGUCAAAACUGGGACGUAGUCACCUGGGCCCAGGACAUGAACCGCGUCCCCGACUGA